AUGGCGACUGGCGAAGUGAAGAAAGAGGUAAUCCCCCCGGUUUUCCACACCUACCCCGUCUGCAAGUCCUCGGACAUGCCCGAGGAGAUGAAGCAGGAAGCCCUCGAGUUGUGCGUCACCGCCACCGAGAAAUUUUCCGAUAAUUACAAGCACGCGGCGAAGAUGAUUAAAGACGACCUGGACAAGAAGUUCGGACCGCCCUUUCAGGUAAUCAUUGGAGAGUCCUACGGAUUCUCUGUCAUCUAUCAGAGGAACAGCAUGAUGCUUAUGUACACUGGGGGAAAUAUCGCUGUUUUGAUCUUCAGAACUGUUGCGGGAUUCAACAGUUGA